GUCUUAUCCUUUGUCAAACUUCAAACCUAUGCGCACAAAUUCAAUAAAUAAACAAACACAUUGACUCUCCGAAGUCUCUUGUGCUAAGUUUCAGGUAAGUACGUUCGUGCAUACUAUCUUGAUCAAACGUCGUAUUGUGUUAAAUACAUUCACUAGUAUAUAACAUUAAUAUGCGUUAUCUGCAACUAUUUGAGAAGAGUAUAACAAUGGUGAAUAUUUGUGAAAAUCAAGCUCCUGAAAAGCUUCAGGGAAAGUAUCAAGCAAUGGCUGUUUGCUAUAUUCUUGGAGUCGGAACUAUCAUUUCUUGGAACAGUAUGCUCACAAUUGGAGAUUAUUACUACUACGUUUUUCCGGAUUACCAUCCUUCAAGGGUACUCACAGUAGUAUAUCAACCUUUUGCACUUGGAACAAUCAUGAUUUUCGCAUACCGCGAAUCAAAAAUCAAUACCCGAAAGCGUAACAUGAUCGGUUACAUGCUAUCCACAAUAUCUACAUUCUUGCUCAUUGUUUUGGAUUUGGCAACAAAAGGACACGGUGGGAUGUUACCUUACAUUGGUUUAUGCGCAAUUGUUGCUUCGUUUGGACUAGCGGACGCUACUGUGCGCGGAGGAAUGAUGGGAGACUUAUCAUUCAUGUGCCCUGAACUCAUCCAGUCAUACAUGGCCGGUUUGGCUAUAUCUGGUGCUCUAACAUCAGCAAUUAGGCUAAUCACUAAAGCAGCUUUUGAGAAAUCACAUGACGGUCUACGAAAAGGAGCAAUGAUAUUCUUAGCAACCGCAACAUUCAUAGAGUUUAUGUGCGUUAUUUUAUACGCGUAUGUGUUCCCAAAACUUCCCAUUAUUAAGUACUACCGAAGUAAAGCCGCUUCUGAAGGAUCAAAGACUGUUUCUGCUGAUCUUAUUGCUGCUGGUAUCCUCAACCAAUCAGAAUCGACUAAUGAUGAUUCCAAGAAUCAAAGGCUAAGCAACAAAGAGUUGUUGCUUCAAAACACAGACUAUGCAAUGAAUAUAUUCCUCCUCUACCUUUUGACAUUAUCCAUUGUUCCCGGGUUUUUAUAUGAGAACACGGGACAACACGGACUAGGCACAUGGUACGCGCUUGUUCUAAUAGCGAUGUACAAUUGUUGGGAUAUGGUUGGAAGGUACACACCGCUGGUAAAAUGGCUCAAAAUUGAGAAUAGAAAAGGACUCACAAUUGCCGUUUUGUUGCGUUUUUUCCUCAUUCCAACGUUCUACUUCACUGCAAAAUAUGGUGAUCAAGGAUGGAUGAUUAUGCUCAUUUCUAUUUUGGGACUGACUAAUGGACAUCUCAGUGUCUGCAUUCUCACUGUAGCUCCUAAAGGCUACAAGGGUCCGGAGCAGAAUGCGUUAGGGAAUUUACUGGUAAUGUUUCUGUUAGGAGGAGUAUUUGCCGGAGUUGCCUUGGAUUGGUUAUGGCUUAUUGGUAAGAAGAAUGUCUUUUGAGUUAUGAACAAGAUUCUUGAUCACAUAAAAAUAAACGAAAUUAUGAGCAUUUCCAUGUAACUGGAGAUUAUUAUUAUUAUUAUUUUGUCAUUCCGCUCAAAAAUCAAUCUAUAUCCUGUAACUUGUAAGUGUCUAAAGUCGAUCAUGUUUUAAGUCUGUUUCUUCACCCGCAAGAGUAUACUUUAUUGUGUUUCGG